AUGUCUUUUGCUCGCAGCUCUGCUCUCCGCGCCGCGCUCCGCACCGCCCCCCGCGCUUCGCGCUCGUACUCGCUCGCCGCCCGCGCGGUCGCCCCCAAGGCUGCCGGCGCCAUGGUGUCGCGUAUUGGCGCCACCCGCGGUGUCAAGACCCUCGACUUUGCCGGCACCAAGGAGGUCGUCUACGAGCGUGCCGACUGGCCCCUCGACAAGCUCCAGGACUACUUUAAGAACGACACUCUUGCCAUGAUCGGCUACGGCUCGCAGGGCCACGGCCAGUCGCUCAACGCCCGUGACAACGGCCUCAACGUCAUUGUUGGUGUCCGCAAGGGCGGCGAGUCGUGGAAGCAGGCUAUCGAGGACGGUUGGGUUCCCGGAGAGACCCUCUUCGACAUUCCCGAGGCUAUCAACAAGGGUACCAUUAUCAUGAACCUCCUCUCGGACGCUGCCCAGUCGUCGACUUGGCCCGAGAUUGCCCCCCUCAUCACCAAGGGCAAGACUCUUUACUUUGCCCACGGCUUCUCGGUCGUUUACAAGGAGGACACCAAGGUCGUUCCCCCCACCGACGUUGAUGUCAUCCUCGUCGCUCCCAAGGGUUCGGGCCGUACCGUCCGUACCCUCUUCCUCGAGGGCCGUGGCAUCAACUCGUCGAUCGCCGUCUUCCAGGACGUGACUGGCCACGCAAAGGAGAAGGCCAUUGCCCUCGGUAUCGCCGUCGGCUCGGGUUACCUCUACGAGACCACCUUUGAGAAGGAGGUCUACUCUGACCUCUACGGAGAGCGUGGUGUCCUCAUGGGCGGUAUCCAGGGCAUGUUCCUUGCCCAGUACGAGGUCCUUCGCAAGAACGGCCACAGCCCGUCCGAGGCCUUCAACGAGACCGUCGAGGAGGCUACCCAGUCCCUCUUCCCCCUCAUUGGCAAGUACGGCAUGGACUACAUGUACAACGCUUGCUCGACCACUGCUCGCCGUGGCGCCCUCGACUGGGCCCCCAAGUUCAAGGAGGCAAACCUUCCCGUCUUUGAGGCUCUCUACAAGUCGGUCCGUGACGGCUCCGAGACCCGUCGCUCGCUCGAGUUCAACUCGCGCAAGACUUACCGCGACGACCUCCAGAAGGAGCUCGACGAGAUCGACAACCAGGAGAUCUGGCGCGCCGGCAAGACUGUUCGUGGCCUCCGCCCCGACGCCCAGAAGGAGGACAUCUAA